CCAGCCGAGUUCCAACUUCAAGUCGAGUGCCCAGGCCUCAGGCUCAGCUCGCUCUCCGUCCGUCGUCGGCAGCUAGCUCGCGGACCGAUCAAUCUAGAGACUCGCCGGGCAAUGGCGAUCAAGAAGGGCGGCGCGGCGGCGUCGGGUCUGAAGCAGAUCCUACGGCGGUGCUCCAGCCUGGGUCGCCGGCAGCAGCAGCAGCAGCACAGCGGGUCGUACGAGGAGGAGGAGUACGACGAGGAGGAGACGUCCGGGCUUCCGUCGGACGUGCCGCGGGGCCACUUCGCGGUGUACGUGGGCGAGCGGCGGCGGCGGUUCGUGGUGCCCAUCGCGCUGCUGGACCGCCCCGAGUUCCGGUCCCUGCUGCGGCGCGCCGAGGAGGAGUUCGGGUUCGCCGGGGCCGGGGCCGGCGGCAUCCUCGUGCUCCCCUGCGAGGAGGUCGCCUUCCGCUCCCUCACCUCCGCACUCGCCUGCGGCGGCGCCCGGUGAGCGCUGCACGCGCGCGUCGCUACCGCCGCCGCCUCACCCGCCGGCAGUGCAAGCGCGCGUGCGCCUGUGGCUAUUCGUUCGAUUCAUUGAUUUGGCUGGCCCGGCUAGCUAUAGCUCGCCGGCGAAGUAUGUAGUAAU